GAGCGGAAAAUCGAAAGACUAAAACUAAAAUGAGACUAAAAGUAGUUUUUGGCUGCUUAUUGUUUAGCCAUAGCAUACAGACAGUGCUGCCGGGCUAGAAUAAAGCAAAGAGAAAGCAUAUUUUGAGUUUACCCUAGCUUGAAAAACACAAUGUACAUGACAACCGCUACGACCCCUAAACGCCACAUCUCGGAGUUGUUCCAGGUCGUAGGAUACUUACUUUCGGCUGUGUUGUUACAUUGUGCGCGAACACGACCAGUUUAAAUGUAAGAUGUCUAUGAGACAUACACAUUAGAUAAACACAACGCAGUAAGACAUUAAAACACUGAAAAAACAUGUUCCCAUGUGACUUUGCGUGGGGAGCGGGAACUGCUGCGUAUCAAAUAGAAGGUGGCUGGCAGGCAGACGGCAAGGGACCAAGUAUCUGGGACACAUUUUGUCACGAGAAAGGCAGAGUGUUUGGGGAGCAGAAUGGUGAUGUGGCCUGUAACAGCUACGAGCUGUGGGAGAAGGACCUGGAGUGUAUCCAGCAGCUUGGAUUGACACACUAUCGCCUGUCUCUCUCCUGGGCCCGCCUCCUGCCCGAUGGGACCACACGACAUAUCAAUCAAAAAGGUUUGCAAUACUACAACAAGGUGAUUGAUGAUUUGCUGACCUGCAAUGUAUCACCUAUGGUCACACUCUACCACUUUGACCUGCCUCAAGCUCUCCAAGAUCAGGGUGGCUGGAAAUCACCAGGUAUAGCGACCCUGUUUGACAGCUAUGCCAAGUUUUGCUUCCAAACAUUUGGUGACCGCGUCAAACUUUGGAUCACUAUCAAUGAGCCUUAUGUGUGCGCAAAACUGGGCCAUGAAGACGGCAUCCAUGCCCCAGGGUUAAAAGAACCAGGGCUUGCUGCCUACCUGGUGGGCCAUAACAUGCUGCGUGCCCAUGCCAUGGCCUGGCACAGCUACAACUCCUUCUACAGGACAGAGCAGAAGGGUGCGGUGUCUCUGGCCAUCAACAGCGACUGGCUUGAGCCGUCGAGAGCAGGUUGCGCCGAGGAUAUCGCUGCCACUGAACGCUCCCUUGCGUUUACACUCGGGUGGUUUGCCUGGCCUGUGUUUGUAACUGGAGAUUAUCCAGAAAUAAUGAGAUCUGCCAUUGACGCUCAAAGUAAGAAGUUUGGAUACAGUGGCAGCUCAAGACUGCCCAGUUUCUCAAAGGAUGAACCUGCCAUCUUGGGCACGGCUGACUUCUUUGCGUUGAACUACUAUACGUCUCGUAAAGUGGAGCCAGGAGGAGGUUGCGGAGAGACGUUGUGUAUGAAGAGCGACCGAGACGCAGGAGAGGUUUUGGAUCCGUCCUGGCCUAUUUGUGGUGUGUCCUGGCUUGCUGUAGUGCCCCACGGCUUAAGGAAACUUCUAAAGUACAUCAAGGACACAUUCAACAACCCAGCAGUCUACAUUACAGAGAAUGGCUUCUCUCAGGUGGGGCCGCUGCAAACUGAGGAUGUCCAGCGCUCAGAGUUUUACAAGGACACCAUCUUUGAAGUGGCUAAAGCUAUACAAGAAGAUGGGGUCAACGUCCGUGGAUAUUUUGCAUGGUCGCUGCUGGACAACUUUGAAUGGGCUGAUGGAUUCAGCGUUCGUUUUGGAUUGUUCCAUGUGGACUUUGCGGAUGCAAAGCUAAGACGAACCAUGUACCUGUCUGGACAGGAGUAUGUAAAGAUGAUCUUGAAAUACAAAAGUGCUCAAUCCACAUGAGAAGACGGACAAAUAAAAAGGAAAUGUUUCA